CGGCGCUCUGCCCGCUGCCCCCGGCGCUCGGCGAACUCGGCGCCUAGUGCCCCGCCGCACCAUGGCGUACAACUUCGAGCUGAUUUUUGACCACGUGGGGCACUUCGGCAGAUUCCAGAUAUUCCUCUAUUUCAUAUGUGCCUUCCAGAACAUCGCUUGUGGUAUCCACUACUUGGCUUCUGUGUUCUUGGUACUCACCCCAGAGCAUACCUGCAAGCCCCCAGGCAAUGUGAGUCAGGUUCUUUUCCACAAUUUCUCUCAUUGGAGGUUGGAAGACACCUGGUCACUGGUGUCUCUAGGCCGGAAAGAUCACAUUAUAGUGCAACUGCAAAAUGGUGAGAUCUGGGAGCUCUCAAGGUGUAGCAGGAUCAAGAGGGAGAACAUGUCGACUUUGAAUUAUGAAUACACUGGCAGUAAGACAAAGUUUCCUUGUGUGGAUGGCUACAUAUAUGACCGGAGAAAGUGGAAAAGCACUGUGGUGACCCAGUGGAAUCUGGUCUGUGAGCGAAAAUGGUUUGCAGCACUGAUCCAGCCCCUGUUUAUGUUUGGAGUCCUGGUGGGAGCAGCAGUUUUUGGCUACAUUUCUGACAGGCUAGGACGACGCGUGGUCCUGUGGUCCACAAGCACUGGCAUCUAUUUGUUUGGAAUAGCAGCGGCGUUUGCAGUUGAUUAUUACAGCUUCAUGACUGCGCGCUUUUUUCUUGCCAUGGCUGCAAGUGGCUAUAUUGUGGUGGUGUUUGUCUAUGUCAUGGAAUUUAUCGGAAUGAAGUUUCGGAUGUGGGCCUCUAUCCAGUUGCAUUCUUUUUUUGCGAUUGGAACAAUGGUGGUGGCUUUCACAGGCUACUCGGUCAGGAUUUGGUGGCUUUAUCAGAUGGUCCUCUCCACAGUGACUGUCCCCUUCAUCCUGUGUUGUUGGAUGCUCCCAGAGACGCCUUUUUGGCUUCUCUCUGAGGGAAGAUACAAAGAAGCACAACGAAUAGUUGAUAUGAUGGCUGCGUGGAAUGGGACGAAGUCCUGUAAACUGUCAGAACUUUUAUCACUGGAUCUAACAGAGCCUGUUGAUGGUAGUAGUCCCUCUGGAAUUAAGACGAACAACGUCUAUUAUCUGUUUUACGACUGUGCUGUUUCAACAAGGACACUUACCGUAUGGAUGAUUUGGUUCACAGGGAGUUUGGGAUUCUACUCCCUGUCCUUGAAUUCUCUUAAUUUAGGAGGCAAUGAAUACUUAAACCUCUUCCUCCUGGGUGCAGUGGAAAUUCCUGCCUAUUUCUUUGUGUGCGUCGGGAUGGACAGGCUGGGAAGAAAACCAGUUCUGGCCUUCUCCCUUUUCUUCAGCGCACUGUCCUGUGCUGUGAUUAUGGUGAUCCCCCAGAAUUAUCAUGUUUGGCGUGUGGUGGCAACUAUGGCUGCAAAAUUUGCCAUAGGGGCAGUGUUUGGCCUUAUUUAUCUUUAUACAGCUGAGCUGUAUCCAACCGUUGUAAGGUCGCUGGCCGUGGGGAGUGGCAGCAUGGUGUGCCGCCUGGCGAGCAUCUUGGCCCCGUUCUUCGUCUACUUCAGCAGCGAGUGGAUCUUCCUACCACAGUUACUAGUUGGGACUACAUCCUUCAUGAGUGGAGUGCUAACACUAAGUCUUCCAGAAACUCGUGGAAAGCCGCUGGCAAUGACUUGGGAGGAGGCUGCAAAACUGGAGUCAGAAAAUGAUAGAAGUUCAAGUAAAUUACCUACCACAACUAGGAAUAUUGAGUUGGAAAAAACAGAAGAGAUUAAUCCCAGGGAUUCUAGUCCUGGUGAAUAAAUGUGCCAUAUGUGCUGUCUAGCACCCGAAAUGCUGUUUAUGUUCAUGCCUUUGUAUUACAGGAAUAUUAUUCUCAUCUCCUGCAUGUUGUUUAUAUGUCUUUUUAAA